CCUUUGUCACUGUAGCUCGUUGGGGUCUGAUCCUUGUGAAAAAUGGAGAGGGUCAUCAAUUGGGAACAGCACAACCUGAUCAACGAGCUGGCCCAGGGGAAGGAGCUGGCGAAGCAGCUGAGGAGCCACCUCGUCAGCCCGUCGUCGUCCCGGGAGACGCGCGAGUACUUGGUCGAGAAGAUACUCUCUUGCUACCAGAAGUCGCUCGCAAUGCUGAAUUGUGAUGCUUUCAUGAUGGAGGAGCACAAGCCCGCCUUCAGCAUUGGGACUAGCGGCAGCCCCAAGAAUGAGGGGGACGUCUACAAAAAGAGGAAGACUAUGCCGCGGUGGACAGAGCAGGUCAGGGUCAACUCAGACACCGCACUAGAGGGGCAUCCCGAAGAUGGGUUUAGCUGGAGAAAAUAUGGGCAAAAGGAGAUUCUCGGAGCUAAUUUCCCUCGGGGAUAUUACAGAUGCAGUCGCCGCCAUGUCCAAGGCUGUCUGGCUACGAAGCAAGUCCAGAGAUCAGACCAAGACCCAGCCGUCGUCGAAGUCACGUAUCGCGGACGACACACUUGCAUCCAAUCUCCUAGCUCAGCCAUUAGUCCAGCUCCAGCUGUUAAGGAAGAGCCUCAGAAAGAAACCAGGAACCGUGAAGAACAGCCCAAACCGUCUCGAGAGACCCUUUUGAGCUCCAAAUGGGGACUCAGCGUCAAAACUGAGAACUUGGACGCGAGGCACAAGGACGUGUUCCCGUUAUUUACCUUCUCCACCGCCGAAGCCGAGCCUGAGAAUGGAGAGGGAAAUUACUUUGUUGAUGCAUUGAUGGACGACAACUUCAUGGACAGGUUCUCGUCCCCAGCGACCUCGGGGUCCAACUACUUCUCGCUCUCGCUGGACCACAUGACCAACUUCUGUGCUCCCAACAACGUGCAGACGUCGGAUUCCGGACUCACGGAGAUAGUUUCGGCUCCGACUUCGGUCACCAAUUCCCCGAUGGGGGAUGCGAGUUUCUCGCUAAGCAAGGUCGAUUUCGACUUGGAUUUUCCCUUCAAUCCGGAUUUCUUCUAAUGAUUGAUAAGGCUGAGCUUUGUAGUGAGUUUGUUCAGGAGGAGUAGAGGACGAUUCGAAUUUCAGGUCGUGGACAUCAUUGAAAGAGGUGACCCACCAGGCCAUCUGAGUAUGGUCCCCUCUAUGAUGGCCAAGGGAGUUUCUGCUUAGAUUUCACCAAACAAAUGUGUAAUAUUUGUACCCUUUUGUCCUUUCUUUUUGUUGUUUCCCCCUUUUUUUGUCCAAUUUGAUUGAGCUUAUUCUCGGAAAGUUAGGAGUACAACUACAUCUUCAUAGGAAGAUAUCUGACUUCAAGAUUACAGCUUGUAAAAUGUUCACUACUGUCUUUUGUCAAAAUUCAGAGAAGAUAAUUUGAUUCAGAGGAAAAUUGGCGAUCGAAA